AUCUAAUCAAUAAAUAAUUAACAAAAUUUAGCUGAGAACGGACUACAAAUGUGAAUAAAUAACGACUCCUUGCAAGAAUUAAGGCCACACCACCAGCUUUUCAAGUCUUCAAAGCAUUCCUUUACAAAACAUCUAUCUUUCUUCAUAGUAUCGACAUGGCUUGCGAAAACAACCUCGUUGUAAAGCAAAUUAUCGACUUAUACAGCCAAAUCUCAAACCUAGAGAGUUUAAAACCAUCCAAGAGUGUCGACACUUUGUUCGGACAACUCGUAUCCACGUGCUUACCAACGGACACAGACAUCGAUGUCACAAAAAUACACGAUGAUAAAGUCAAAGACAUGAGGUCUCAUCUCAUCAAGCUUUGUGGUGAAGCCGAAGGAUAUUUGGAGCAACACUUUUCCACAAUCAUAGGCUCUUUUGAAGACAACCCACUUAACCAUUUACACAUGUUUCCUUACUACAACAACUAUCUCAAACUAAGCGAACUCGAGUUCGAUCUCCUAUCUCAACACAUAAGUCAUGUCCCUACCAAAAUCGCUUUUAUCGGCUCGGGUCCGAUGCCACUUACAUCCAUCGUCUUGGCCAAGUUUCACCUUCCCAACACAACGAUCCACAACUUCGACAUCGACUCACAGGCUAACACACUCGCGUCAAGCCUCGUUUCUCGCGACCCUGACCUCUCUAAACGCAUGAUCUUUCACACGACUGAUGUGUUAAAUGCUAAGAAAGGGUUAGACCAGUACGAUGUCGUUUUCUUGGCUGCUCUUGUUGGAAUGGAUAAAGAGUCAAAAGUCAAAGCUAUUGAGCAUUUGGAGAAGCAUAUGGCUCCUGGAGCUGUGCUGAUGCUAAGGAGUGCUCAUGGACUUAGAGCUUUCUUGUAUCCAAUAGUUGACUCUUGUGAUCUUAAAGGGUUUGAAGUGUUGACCAUUUAUCAUCCGUCCGAUGAUGUGGUCAACUCGGUGGUGAUCGCACGUAAGCUCGGUGGCUCGAGUGAAGCUCGUAACAGCGAGAUUGGACGGUGUGUAGUUAUGUCCUGUAAUUGCUCGAAGAUCCACGGCAUUAUGAACAGUCGUGGUAUGAUGAAGAAUAUGAUCGAGGAGUUUAGUACCGUUGAGUAAACAAACACACGACUCUUUUCUUGAGGUAUGUGUUUAUGUUUUGCUCUUUUCAGUUUUGUGUUAAUGUGUUUGUGAUGUGUGUGGUAUGUUUGUAAGCACAAUAAGUUUUUGAAUUUUGUGAGUUAUUUGGUGUUCAUGAGUUUGAAGAACACCAAGCCCUUAUUGUAUGAGCUUUUAGUUAUUAAAAUCAAUAAAAAAUAAAUUUGAGAA